UUGCUGUUAGAAACACUUUGACUUUUCUCGGUAAGGAGAGGGACUACUCGGCACUUUGGUGUGUUUUCUGUGAGAAUAUUUGAGCAGGUUUUGGUGCUACAGGUGUCUGUUUUGAAACUUUUCAGCCCGGGGAUCCGCGCGCAUCCAGUGCCCCGUGAUAUCCACUUCCUUCACCUUACCGCCGCACGCAAGCCUGGGGUGACUGUGGGGUAGUCAUGCUGUAGAAGUGUCUCUACAAGUCAAACAGCGGAGUGGAACUGAAGUUUGCGGUGCGCAUGAGUCGGACCAUGCAAGGACAACACAACAGAGGACUGAAGGAUCUGAGGCUGCUGCUUCUGUGCCUCUCCAUUGCCAUCCUCGCCUCAGCAGUGCACGCGGGUGGGAAGAAGCACACCGGCCCCUGUGCAGGAAGAGACUGCAGCGGAGGCUGUAAAUGUUUCCCAGAGAAGGGUGCCAGGGGUCAUCCUGGGCCUCUCGGGCCUCAGGGCCCCCAGGGGCCUCCAGGGAAGCCAGGUGAUAUGGGCAUCGAGGGACCAAAGGGGCAGAAAGGUGACCGUGGCCUCAGUGGUUUCAUAGGUCCCAAAGGAAAUGUGGGAAUGACUGGCGUUCCUGGGUUUUCUGGAAACGAUGGCAUUCCUGGCCACCCAGGACAGGCUGGGCCCAGGGGGAAGCCAGGUGCUGACGGCUGCAACGGGACACAGGGAGAAUCAGGGUUACCAGGGCAAGCCGGUGCAAACGGUGCGCCAGGUUUUCCUGGACAAGCAGGCUGGAAGGGACAGAAGGGAGACCCUCUGGACGUCAUCGUGUACAUGCAGCGCUUCAGGGGAGAUCCAGGCACGCCAGGGGUCAACGGAAUAAUUGGGCCUCUAGGAACUCCAGGAUGGCAGGGUAACAGAGGCAUCCCAGGACCGAAGGGUCCCCCAGGGCCUCCAGGUCCCCGUGGACCAAAGGGCACAAUGACCAAGGUGCUUAAGGGACACAAAGGAGACCAAGGGGACAUCGGACCGCAAGGGCCACCAGGAAACUCUACUCAUCAGCAGAUUCUGCCCCCCUACGGACCCACAGGACCUCGUGGAGAGAAAGGUCUGAAAGGAGAAAUGGGAGAUCCGGGUUUUUUUGAGGGUAGCAAAGGAGAAACAGGUGUGAUUGGAUUCCCUGGAAACCGGGGUGAACCUGGUGCAGAUGGACGUCCUGGACCGAGGGGUGAUUUCGGCAACCCAGGACCAAAAGGCAGAGAUGGUCCUAAGGGGGUCAGAGGUGAAGCGGGAGAACUGAUUUCAUCAGGACCCUCAUUGCCUUGGUCAGGUGGUCCUCCCGGUCCUCCUGGUGAGCAGGGUCCACAGGGAGAGAGGGGCCCGGUUGGAGACCAAGGCUUCCAAGGACCCCCAGGACAACCCGCCUAUGACACACAGCAACAAGUGUGGGAUUUCUUCGGGCCAUUUGGUUUCAAGGGGGAGCCGGGAGAGAAGGGCCAGCCUGGCGAACCAGGACGCCCUGCUGACAUCGCAGGACCCCCAGGCACCAACGGGCGCCCAGGGUCUAUGGGGCCUCCAGGACCCAAAGGAACAUGGGCUGAGUUCUUCAAAGGGGCACCUGGUGGGAGAGGAAGGCCUGGCAAUGCAGGCUAUAAAGGAAUAAAAGGUGACCAUGGACUGUGUGAAUGCACCAUCGUGCACUCUUUACCGGGGCUACCUGGCCCUGCCGGUGAGCAAGGUGAUGCUGGGAUGACCGGUGAGUUUGGUCAGGAGGGUGAUGAAGGAGACACAGGUCCCCGUGGAGUCGACGGAUUCCCUGGACCUCCUGGCAUCAGCGGUGCGCCGGGCCCAAAAGGUCGUAAAGGGGCAGCGAGAGCGGCCUCACAGAAAGGAUAUCCUGGAGACCAAGGUGAUCACGGACGAGAUGGUGGGUCAGGUGCGCCAGGUGCUCCUGGACUAAAUGGUUUGCCCGGUCUCCCUGGGAGCCGAGGUCUUCCAGGAGAAGGUCCCAGAGGAGAACCCGGAGACAAAGGUUACCCAGGUCAGCGUGGUCGUCCCGGUGAACCCGGGCUACGUGGAAUUGAUGGUGAAGUCCUUGGGGGCGUCAAGGGCCAGCGUGGUUUACCUGGUGACGACGGCCACGCGGGCUAUGAUGGAGUUCCAGGAACACCUGGCAGCCCAGGCGGCUGUAGUCCGACAGGAGGUGGAGGACAGGUGGAUGUAACAGGUCCUUGUGAUGCUGUACCAGGACCUCCUGGGCUGCCUGGAUCUCCAGGACCCCCUGGAUUGCCAGGUGUCCCAGGUCCUGUGGGCUUAAAGGGACCACAGGGUCCAUAUGGAGCAGUCGGAGAGAAAGGAGAAACAGGAGAUCAGGGGAUAGGCGGUCGUCCUGGACCACCAGGUUUUGCCGGCCCCCGUGGAGACUUGGGAUUUCCUGGCGCUAAAGGUUCAGUAGGAGGCCCUGGUGUGCCUGGUGUGCCUGGCCGGCAUGGGCCGCAAGGUCAGAAAGGUUUUCAUGGAGAGAUCUUGGGAGCAUCGCCUGGACCCCCUGGUGACAUAGGGCUGCCUGGGCUUCAAGGGAAUAAAGGCCAGACUGGAGAUCCAGGCGAUCAAGGCUAUCCAGGGAUGCCGGGCAUGCCUGGUAUGAUCGGCUUCAAGGGUGAGAGUGGCCCUCUUGGCCUGCGAGGAGAGGAAGGACGGCCUGGGCCAGCGGGCAAGUACGGCUUCCCUGGUGAUCCUGGGCAAGCAGGACCACCUGGGCCUCGUGGUGGUAUUGGACAGCCAGGUUUAACUGGGGAGAGGGGAGUUGAAGGAGACCCAGGUCCUCCAGGUCCAAUAGGAUUAAAAGGUGUCCCAGGACUGUACGGUAGUGAUGGUCCCACUGGAGAUUACGGCCCAUCAGGUGAACCAGGACAGCCAGGUGUAGAUGGACGUCCAGGACUUGGAGGAAUGAAGGGAUACAAAGGGUCUCCAGGCAUGUCAGGUUUUGAGGGGAACAGGGGUAAUCAAGGUGCAAAGGGCUUCAGCGGGUUUGGUGGAGAACCUGGACUGCCAGGCCAAGCUGGCCCAAAAGGAGUGACUGGUCGAAACGGAGAGAAAGGUGAUCGUGGUUUGAGAGGACCACCUGGGGAGAAGCCUUACAUACCCCGCCACAUGAUUAUUGACAUGAAGGGAGCCAAGGGAGACUAUGGGAAUUAUGGAAAUCAAGGUUUCACCGGACCAAGAGGUAAUAAGGGUAUGCCUGGUGUGCCGGGCUUGGAGGGAAGACAUGGUCUUCCUGGAGACCCCAGCCCUGUGAAAGGUGUCCAUGGAGAUCCUGGUGCAGAGGGGCUUCAGGGAAUAAAAGGAAUGCCAGGCCUUACAGGAAAUCGAGGAAUUGCUGGUUUUGAGGGAAUGUCAGGCAACAGGGGAAUUAAAGGCAGUCCUGGUGCCUAUGGUGCAUCAGGAGACAAAGGAAGGAAGGGCGCCAAAGGUGAGGGAGGCCAACGCAUAGACCUUCCAGGAGCCACCGGAUUGAGAGGAGAGGAAGGUUUACCAGGAGAACCAGGCCUGAAAGGAUUCGUUGGCCCAACAGGAGAAAGGGGUACACCUGGUUUUGAUGGGAUCGAAGGGAGAAAGGGAGAGUCAGGUGAUCCAGGAAUAUCAGGAUUCACAGGCCCUGAUGGGCAGAAGGGGACUCCCGGUACCCAAGGUCAAAAAGGCUUUCCUGGAUUUCCUGGAAAAGACGGACAUCCAGGUAUUCCUGGCUUCCCUGGAAACAAAGGUUUCCCCGGCUUGAAAGGUCUUUAUGGAUUACAUGGACUGAAAGGACAAAAGGGCAACACGGGAACACCAGGUCUGGAUGUCACUGGACCAGCUGGAGAGCCGGGACCUAAAGGACAGAGGGGAGAGGACGGUGACCCCAACAACCAGCCAGGUUUUCCUGGCACAGUCGGUUUGAAAGGUUUCCAGGGACCCAAAGGUGACCAUGGUCGACCUGGACCGCCUGGAUUCCGUGGCCCUGUAGGACCAAGUGGGACCCCUGACAAACCAGGAUUAAGUGGGGAUCCUGGCUUCACAGGGCCCAAAGGGAACCAAGGUUUCCCUGGACCCAGAGGAUUCCCUGGUGUGGAUGCCCCCCCUGGAGAAAAGGGUGUACCAGGAUUUAACGGGUAUCCUGGAGUCGCUGGUAGGAAAGGAUUCAAAGGGGAUCAAGGUCCAUUCGGAUACAGGGGGCCAAACGGUGUUUCUGGGAAGAAAGGAGUGAAAGGAGAGCAAGGAGUGAUGGGAGUUCCUGGUGUUAUCGGUCUGAAGGGAGAAAGAGGGUCACCUGGUCCAAAAGGAAACACUGGACCUCCAGGUUUCCGAGGAUUCCCAGGAAGCCAGGGUCCUCUUCCAAUUCCCAUCAACAUUCCGGGAGAGAGAGGCCCUGCAGGACCGCGGGGUAUCCAAGGACCAAAGGGGGUCAUAGGGGAACCAGGGCCACAGGGCCCCCCUGGUGCUCCAGGUUUCAUGGGACCCAUUGGGCACAAGGGCAUGCCUGGGAUUAGUGGUAGACCAGGAACGCCUGGAUUUCCUGGAGACCCUGGACAAGUGGGCCACCCCGGUCUGCAAGGCAUGGAAGGUCGCCGUGGCCACACUGGUAUCCCUGGGUUACCUGGUAUGCCGGGCCGCAGUGUCAGUGUGGGUUACCUGCUGGUGAAACACAGUCAGUCAGAGCAGACGCCCAUGUGUCCUGUGGGCAUGUCCAAACUGUGGGACGGCUACAGUCUGCUGUACUUUGAGGGCCAGGAAAAGGCCCACAACCAGGAUCUUGGUUUGGCGGGCUCCUGCCUCCCACGGUUCAGCACCAUGCCCUUCCUGUACUGCAACCCCGGAGACCUUUGUUACUACGCCAGCAGAAAUGACAAAUCCUACUGGCUGUCGACGACUGCUCCUCUUCCCAUGAUGCCUGUAGAAGAAGGAGAGAUCAAACCAUACAUCAGCCGCUGCUCUGUAUGCGAAGCUCCAUCAGUCGCCAUCGCAAUCCACAGCCAGGACAUUACCAUCCCACAGUGUCCUGUGGGCUGGCGCAGCCUGUGGAUCGGCUACUCCUUCAUCAUGCACACAGCGGCAGGAAAUGAAGGUGGAGGUCAGUCCUUGUCGUCGCCCGGCUCCUGCCUGGAGGACUUCCGCACAACACCAUUCAUCGAGUGCAACGGGGCCAAAGGCACAUGCCACUACUUUGCUAACAAGCACAGCUUCUGGCUCACCUCCAUAGAUCAGUCGUUCCACACUGAGCCGGCAGCAGAGACGCUCAAAGCAGGCCAGCUCCUGUCACGCAUCAGCCGCUGCCAGGUCUGCAUGAAGAACUUGUGAGAGACUGUGCAGUAACGCUGACACAAAGAAGUCAUUGCAGUGACAGUGGUCUAGUGUCAUCUCUCUAUGUUCUAAAUCAAAGGGGGAUCUGAAAUGCUGAUUUAGAUCAAAGUUAAGUUUUUCCCCGAGCCACUGAGCUCAGAUAUGCAAUGACUGUGCAACGCCUUGAGCUUUGAGUGAAAUGUCCCUCUGUAGAUAAAACAGGAGAAGCCCCAUAAUGAAGUCAAUAGCAUUCUGGGAAAACAAGUAUUUUUAUGUGUUAAAUGUUCAUUGGUGCUUUUAACUUAUUACCUCAGCUAUUAUGACACAAUGAGCCUGUUUACACCAAAUAUUCACAUGCGUCUGAGGUGGUCGGAUCUCAAGUCUCAGUUAGCAUCACAUGGCUAACAUUACUUAAUGGUUAUUAACUAAUUUGAAGACACAGUCGAGCCAUUUUUGUGUCGGUAUGAGUUUGUUGGGACUGUUAAGGCUCAUUUAUACUCCCUUUAUGUCCAAAAAUAGAUUUGUCUAUUUCAGAGUCAAAAGUUUCAGACAAAACAAACGAGGCGAUGGUGGAGGAGGUCGUAUUAAUGUACCUUUUAACGGAGGCAGCGCUGUAGAUGGGGGUGGUCUGUGAGGCCAUUAAAUACAUUGUGAUAUGUAGAUGGAGAACUCUUUCACUAUACGUUCCGUUUUUUAAAAUGUCUUCAACAUCUCCUUCGGCUGUACCUCGCUUGAACUACGCUACACUGCCCCCACGAUCUCUGGUGUUACUGCUCUGAAAGCUCCGUCCAUCUCCAUAUAUAUAUAACUAAAGAUAAGCAUAAAGUAAAGAUCAAGACAGCACUCCAAUUUAAUUGGACUCAAAUUUAAUUAGAGUACCGUCUGUCCUGAUCUUUACUUUGUUACUUACAUUAAGGAUUCAACACCCAGUCUUAAAGGUUUAAUUGUGAGUGAGCACGGCGUCUUAUUUUUCUAAAGUUGAGCAUUAAUGAGCCUUUAUACAGCCGCUGCUGCUGUUAGCUCAUGCUAACCAGGCAGAUGUUUAACUGACAGUUUGCAGGGAGUAGAGCAGCUCCAGAGACAGUCCUUAAGCAUUGUGUCUGUGCAAAUGCACCAAGAAAUGUUUUCUUAUCUGGUGGGGCGUCAGAUAAUCAAGAACAUCAGCUGAGCGGGCGGCCGUUCAGUGUAGCACAGGACACAUUAGCGUACACACUGCUAAAAGAAUGUGGUCUGAUGGAUCUCAAUACACACCAGGGAUGCAUUUGGUGCAUUCACACCUGUACUUAGAGCUUUCUACUUGUUAUCCGAUCACCCAGGCACAUGUUAAUACCAGGUGUAAACAGGGCCACUGUUAACGAUCAGAGACCGUAUACUACAGCUGAACCAAAGAUGCCCGUGUGUAUGCACUGCUUCAGUUUAUCUAGAUGUUUUUAUCUUUUAGGGUAUACAGCCCACCAAAAAGCCACUAACACUGCUUGUCAGCCAAAUGAAGAAUGUGUCUUGACCAAUCGUUGGUUGAUACUAUUGACGGUAUUAUCCUGCUUUUAUCCCACUGCUCUUAUGAAACCUAUUUUUAUAAUACGACAGUCUUUUCAAGCUGUUCGUCUGUAAUGUGCCUUUAUCAGCUAUUGCAAAAUGGUCUGCAGCUCUUUAUUUUUCUAACACAAUAUGUUCACACAUUGCACUGAUUCUCUUUGUAUUUAUACAAUACAGCUGAAUGAACUUGACCCCCCUCCCUAAGAGUUUAAACAUAUAUCCAUCUAAUACUACUCAUGUCACACUCUUUUCUUUUACAAAUCUACUUAUUACUGAGCUGCCCCGAGCUGCCAACAGGACAGAACGUAAACAGCUCGGAUCAAAGUCCUGACCGCAGCAAAUCCAUGCGGUGGUCACUGAUCCUGGGUUAGAUUAAAGUAUUUUACACAAUUUAGAAAGUAGGUCAAAUGUUCUACUUCACCUAGAUUCAACCAUUUGGAAAUAAACUGUUUGAUUAGACCGGGAAUAUACUGACAAUUAACUGUAAUGUAAUUUUGGUAAUUUUCAUAACAUGAUUAUUUCAUUGGAUUGUAAAGAUUAAAUGUUGUUUGUUAUA